AGCUGAGCUGAGCUAAGCCCAGCGGCCAGCGGCAUGGAGGAGGCGAUGGACGCCUAUGCCUACGGGGACAACGAGACAGAGUGCGAGUACGCCGAGUGGGGCCCCUCGCUGGCCCUGCUGCCCACCAUCUACCUGCUGGUCUUCCUGCUGGGCACGGCCGGCAACGGGCUGGUCCUCUGGACCGUCUUCAAAGGCGGCCGGGACCGCCGGCGCUCGGCCGACACCUUCAUCGCCAACUUGGCUGCCGCCGACCUUACCUUCGUGGCCACUCUGCCACUGUGGGCUGCCUAUGCCUGGCUGGGCUACCACUGGCCCUUCGGCACGGCCGCCUGCAAGGUCAGCAGCUACCUGGUCUUCGUCAACAUGUACGCCAGCGUCUUCUGCCUGACGGGGCUGAGCUUCGACCGCUACCUGGCCAUUGUCCGGCCCCUGGCCACCGCCAAGCUGCGCUCGCGGGUCAGCGGGCUGGUGGCCACGGUGGCCCUGUGGGCACUGGCGGCUCUGCUGGCCCUGCCAGCCUUGGUGCUGCGGCGGGCAGCUGCCCUGGGGGGGGACAGCAAGAUCACCUGCUACAUGGACUACGGGGGCCUGGCCGCCCCGGGGACGGAGGGCGCCUGGGAGGUGGGGCUGGGGCUCUCCUCCACUGCCCUGGGCUUCGUGGCCCCCUUUGCUGUCAUGCUGACCUGCUACUUCUUCAUCGCCCGCACCGUAGCCAGCCAUUUCCGCCGGGAGCGGGCCGAGGGGCCCCGCAAGCGCAAGCGCCUCCUCACCAUCAUCACGGUGCUGGUGGCCGCCUUUGGGGGCUGCUGGUUGCCCUUCCACCUGGUCAAGACCCUCUACGUCCUGAUGGACCUGGAGGUGCUGCCGUGGUCCUGCAGCUUCCACACCUUCCUCAACAACCUCCACCCCUACUGCACCAGCAUUGCCUACAUCAACAGCUGCCUCAACCCCUUCCUCUACGCCUUCUUCGACCCCCGCUUCCGCCAUGCCUGCGCCGCCCUGCUCUGCUGCCGGACCCCCAGUCCCGGGACCGAGCGCUCCGCCAGCUACUCCUCAGGGCACAGCCACCCCCCCGGAGGCAAGGGGGGGCCGGUCCCGGGGGGCAAGCUGGACCCCGCCACUCAGGAGACCCUCUUCCGUGCCUAA